AGACAGUCCCCAUCUGUCGUUCCAUGAUAGUCUCGGAGACAGCCCAACACGUCACUCACUUUCAGUUUCGUUUCCCUUUUUCGGAGCAGAAUGGCCGGGAGAGCGGAGCAAAACCAGGCAGCUGAGCAAACCCAAGAUCGAGAUGUAGACCUAUCCAUGAAGCGUCUGAAAGUUUUACCUUUGGAGAUCUUGCAGAACCCUCAGAUCGACCAUCUCAAUCUCGACCGCAACAGACUGAAGAAUAUAACAGACAUUUCGAAGUUGAGGAAUCUGAAGACCCUCAUCCUGUCUAAGAAUGAGCUGGUGGAUUUCCCCUCAGAGAUUGGCUCACUGCGGUAUCUUGAAAAGCUGCAUUUAAACCAGAACAAAAUCUCGCAGAUCCCAGCAGAGAUUUUCUCCUACCUCCCACUCCUGAAGCAGCUUAAACUCAACAACAAUCGGCUCAAUGACCUCCCGGGAGAUCUUACCUGUUGCACUGAGCUUCAGUACCUCAACCUGUCUCACAACCUUAUCAAGAAACUUCCCAAAGCACUUGCCAAGUUAGGAAAACUGGAGGAAUUUUACAUUGAAAAUAACAAGUUGUGUGAACUGCCUCCUGUGCUGUUUGAAGGCUGCUCUCUCAGGAGAUUCAGUGCCCGUGCAAACCCACUUCGAGAGCCCCCUGAUGAAGUCUGUGCUGGAGGCCUGCAGCAUAUCCGCAGUUAUUUCAAACAACUCCAAAACAACGAGUCGUUGAACGACAGGCGGGUCAAGACCAUGUUUCUGGGUGCAUCCAUGGCGGGCAAGUCAACUCUGUGUAAAAGUUUGACUAAGCGGGAAUUGGUGACAAUUGCAGAGAAGGACAGGACAAUUGGGAUUGAGAUCAGCGAGUUUCAAAUGGAAGACUUCUCCUUCCUGUGCUGGGAUUUCGCUGGGCAGCUGGAGUAUUAUCUGACUCACCAUGUCUUCAUCACACCACAAGCCCUGGUUGUGCUUGUUAUUGACUUGCACAGGUAUAAGAUGGAUGACAAGGAUUCCUUCAAGGAGCUGGUUGGUUUCUGGAUCAAUAAUAUUUUGAUGAGAGUCCCAGAUUCCAUUGUACUUCCUAUUGGGAGUCACAUGGAUCUGUGCGAGAAGGAUGAGGUCCAGAUGAAGAAGAAGGACAUUGAAGAGAAGAUCAAAGAGAUACUGAUUGAAAGAUACGAGAAUUUGAAUCAGCGCCUGGCAACACUAAAUAAGAAAUCACAGUGUGAAUUAUACAGAGAUCAAGUGAAUAUACUGGAUGAUUUAGUCAAGUACAAUUUAAAGGUUUUGGACCUCAUUCCCGUUGACUGCACUCAGUAUGAUACAAUCAUCAACGCUUGGAUGCAGAUUCUAGAAUCAGUUCGGAAUAAAGAUAUUUUCCCAAAUGCAAUCCGGACUCUUCCAGUCACUUACAAGAAAGUGGAAAAAGUUAUUACUGAACUGAUUGAAACAGAAAAAGUUCCAUUUCAUGGAACUGUAGCACUCGAUGAAUUACAGAAAAUGUUAAAUCUUCACAACAUUGACAGUGAACAAUUGGAAUACAUCUUGAGUUAUUUGCAUCGGAUUGGGUUAAUUCUGUGGUUCCAGGAUCUGCAGGCUCUGGAAAACACUGUAUUCCUGAAGCCAUCAUUUCUGAUCACUUUGUUUAAGAUGAUUGUCCGCCAUGAUCUGUUAAACCAGCUGAACGAUAUCCCAGCCAGAACACUGAAAAAGGAAUCAGCCGUUAAGCCAGACCAACAAAAAUGGAUCAUUGACUUUCAGACUAAAGCAACUCUACACCUUAAAGCCAUCAUAGUACUUGUCAAGCAUCAAUUGAGGCUAAACGGUAAUAAGGAUCUGCAUGAAAUUACAGAGGAGCUGAUUGGAGACGAGAAAGAGAAAGGCAAACUCUUCCAAAUAUUGGAAUAUUUUGAUAUCUGUCUUUCUUCAAAACCCCAGGCCCUAAAUCCUGAUGCACGUGAGUUCAGACCAGGUUCCCAGUGGUUACCGCCAGAUAAUGCUCCGCCUCUCACCUACCUAUUCCCAAGUUACUUGACUGAUACAAAGGUGGUAUCAAACCAUUGGAAUGAAGACAGUGAUGAGGAUCUCCAUGUUCGAGCUUUCUUUUUGCCUGAAAUUCCACAAGGAUUCUUCCACAGGGUUACAAUUAAACUGUGUAAUUUUAUUUACUCUCACUGGGUUGGUAAGGAGCGAUGUCUAGUGAUAUGUAAUGGGAGGAAACUGCUCCUGAAGGAACACAAUGAAGAAGCCAACAGUUACAUUGAAUUCCGCUGUAAGGAGAAGGGAGAGGAGAAUGAUUUUGAAGGGCGAUGGUGCCUGAUUAUGAUGGCCAUUCAGAAAGUGAAGAAAGUGUUAGAAGAUUGGCCAGGCCUCCAUUAUUCAUUGAAAACACCGUGCAGGAACCCUUCCUGCAGGCAUUACUUUGACUGGCCGGAUUUAGAUGAGAAAGACAGAGACAUUGAGCAGUUCUGGGAGGAGAAGAUUAAGACAUGUGAGAACUGUGGUGAAGAUUUCCUGGCCAACCUCUUGUUCUGUACAGGGCAAAGCUCGCAGGGUUCAAAUGGGACAAGUAAAGCUGCAGACAGCUUUGUGAAUCAACAGACUAUCCAAAACACUUAUAACGUAACUGGAAAUUAUGUCAGUGGCUCCUGCUCAGUGAAUAUAAACGAACAGGAAUUCCAUUAAUAGUCUUAACCAUUCCAAGUGAAAGUGAUGGCAACAUUUCUGGAAUUGAAAAUGAAGAACUGAUUGAUUUGGAGAAACCAAGCACAUUUUCCUUAACCCGUAAUCCAUAUGUGAGCAGCAUUCAGUGACACCAUUCUCCUCCCAUGCUGUUCAAUCUGGACCUGCCAGUUCCCUGCUGAAUCACAGGGAGCCCACUUUGCUUGGUCAGUCUAUGUUAUGCAGGUCUGUUUGCAUUGCACUAUUCCUGAGUGUCCUGAGCAUUUGGUCCUGUGAAAUGAUUCAGGGAAGAUUCAACACUCGGAUGAGGAGGAGACAAUUGAGCAUAUUCAAUUCUUUUGUGACCCUUCAUUUGUCCAAAAAGUUUUAAUUAGAUAACAGCAUAGAAUCCCUACAGUGUGGAAACAGGCCCUUCGACCCAACACGUUCACACUGACCCUCCGAAGUGUAACCCACCCAGACCCAUUCCCCAACCCUAU